AUGAGUUUGCUACACACCUUGUCCUUAAAAGAAGACGAUGCUUUUGUUGAAACUGAUCGUUACUUUUUUCAUGUCAACAAGAGUAACAAGAAGCUCAAUAUCUUGAAAACCAAAAAUAUUUAUGUCACAUUUGAAAAAGAAAAUUUAUAUGAAACAACAACAACAGAAAAAGUUGAGUGGACAAUUGAAAGUGCUCGAAAUGUUUUUGACUCAGAAUUACAAACUAUAAACAAUACCCGAAAAAUCAAAAGAUUUAUUAUAGAGAAUAAUGUGAAUGAAGUACUGUUCUGGACAGUCCCAGGGCCUGAAGAAGAAAAUGAAAUUUUUAAAUUUCAAGAUGAGUUCAAAAAGUAUGCCAAAGUUUACAUUGUCGAACCUAAUGGGUAUAACUUAAGUUCAAUUGAAAGUGAUUACAAAAUCAAAAGAAUUCCCAAUAAAGAAAUCAGUUCUUUUGGAGAAUCAAAACGAGAAAUCGACUUACGCGUUGGAUUUGCAUUUACUCGGCUCUCGACAAGUUUACUCACCACACAAUUUUCAACACUUUUCAAACAAAAAUGCAUUCUUAGUUAUGGGCCGUGCCAAUUUCCAGUUUUGUUUUCGUGUUAUAAAGAUUUCACAAAUGACGCAACAAGUACUGUGCUUCAAAUAGUUCAUAAUGGUAUGAUUUUUAAGUCUCCACAAAUGACGAAAAAUGAAGCAAAGAAAUUUAUUGAGAAUUUCCACCAAGUACAAGUCACUCCAACACAUGAAACGCAACAAAUUGUUGUUAAUUGGAAUAACAUUUUGGAGAGUGAUAACACUUCAAUCAAAUACUAUGCAGAGUUUUACAAUACUAGUUACUCUGUGGCUUCAAAAACAUACAGAGCCUUAUUUGAAAAUAGAUACAUACAAAACAGAGACGAAAGUAUUGAAAUAAUUGAUGAAGAAAUUUCACAUGACAGACGCAUGGAUUUUAAGCAAAGACAAAUGCUUAAAGUAAUUCGAGAGUUUAGUACUGCAGUUCAUCGAGAUGCAAAUGUUACUGUUCACUCUUAUUCCAUUACAGUCCAAGACGUCACUUUUGACUGCAAGAAGUAUGAACUAAAAAAUACGAACAGUUGGUUAGAAAAUGUUGUAGAAGAGAAGAGACGGUACACCACAUUCGACACAACAAAACAAUAUCUCCAAACAUUUGUAGUGCAAAAAAUUAAUAAAGAGAACAUCUCUGGAAUCAGUGAAUUUGAUAUUUUAAACAAUUUAGAAAACAAAAAGCUUGGAAAUGGGAAUAAUUUGAUCAAAUACAUUGAGAAACUAAUUGAGCGAGACUUAUUAAGAAGAAUCAACGGCGGGUACAAAAUCAAAUUAACUCAACUUGGCAAAGCACUCUGUGAAGCAAUUAAAGAAAGCACCCCGAAACUCUCAGACAAGUCGACUUACAACAACUUGCUCACACAACUCAAAGAUAAGAAAGAGACAAAGCAGAAGGUACUCGAUUUCUAUCUCGAUCAAUUUAACACUUUAGUAAAACAGAAAGAACAAUUUGUAAACAAAUUCAACGCCCAUUUUGAUCGUUUGAUGAAUUUAUUCUAUGCCUCAGUUUGUGGUCUUUGUGGUAAUAAAAUGGUUGUCGACCCCAAAAAAGGAAAAAUCACUUGCAACACUUGCCGUAAAGACUAUAAGCUUCCCCUUGGGAAGAUCAAAAUAUUAGAACAACCAACCACCUGUCCACUCUGUCAUUUCGGAUUGGUACAAGUCAAGAACAAAACAACAACUGAAACGUUUUGCCCAAAGUGCUAUUCAACUCAAAACAAAUUUAUGAGAAAACCGGAGACAUGUGUCGGGUGUACUAACGCUUCUUGCCCGUACUCUCUUCCAAGCACAAUGGUAAUGCCUUGUUUGAAGUGUUCGAGAACAAAGAUUGGUAUCUACACCCUUAAUCCACUCGACAAGAAGAGUCGAAUUGUGUGUGAUAGUUGCUUCGAUGAGGGGUACUUCACUGAUGAUUUUGGACAAGCGACCUUAUCGGCACGUACCUAUUUGUCUCAAGGAAACGGGCCAAAGUUGCGUUUGCAUUAUAUCAAUGGGUUGGAAGGAGAAAAAAAGUGUAAACCGUCUUACUUAUCUUUCCCAAAGUAA